AUGUCCACAAGCCCAGAGUCAUACUUCGAUAGCUUCCACAAAACAUCCCAAGGAGAAUUCAAGAACACUUACUACAACCCAUUCCAUGUAAAGCCCAGGAAGAGAACUAGCAAAGAGCAGCUGGAAGUUUUGGAGAAAACAUUCGAGACAAACAUAAAGCCUGAUGCAGCCCUUCGCAAGGCACUGGCCACCAAGCUGCGGAUGACUCCUCGGAGCGUGCAAGUGUGGUUCCAGAACAAGAGAGCAAAGGUCAAGAACACAAAAAUCCAGAACGAAAAGAAAGAAACCGAGAAGGAAAUAGAGUUGGAGUCGCUCUUUAUCAAGAAGGAGAACAAGAAGAAGGACUAUGAGUGUUUCCUCUCGAACUAUUCUGGAUACGAUAAAGAGUACGGCGGCCUCCCGCAGAAGCACUACCUGGAGGAGACGCACCCGCAGUUCAAGGAGGAGGAUCUGGAAACACUUGACAAAUUGGUGCUUGGCGAGGAGAACAUAGAAAAAAACAAGAAAAAGAAAGAUGAGUACUGCACAUUCUACUCGAUGGCAAAUACGCUGCAUUUUGAUCCUAGCAACUAUCUUAAUUAA